AUGUUUUUAGGUCUAGCAGUAAUUAUUGCUUUGAAAUUUUUAGGAAUUUCAAUGAUGUUGCUGCCAGAAGAUGAGUCACCUUCUUUUGAUACAGACAAAGUAAAAAACGGUAACGAAUUUCAGGUGACGGUACACAAUGGAACGAGACAUAUAUUUUUUCGGGAUAUGGACCCAGAGCCGACCCGUGGCGGUGCUUCCGCGCGACGUGUGUUUGGGGGUUCCGCAGCCGAUUUAAAGAAUUUCAAUGCAGUGUGCGCUCUUUUGGAUAGUUACUGGUCAGUUCGCUGCACUGCAACUAUCGUCACUCCACACUGGGUCCUCACAGCAGCCCACUGUGUGACACCGCGUCUCGCUUACGUCAAGUACAAUACGCGCAGGCCGGCUUCUAACGACGGGAAUGUAACAGCUGUUCAUUUUCUUUACAAGCACCCUAAAUAUGUAGUCGUGCAGAAGGAUGAAGGUCGGGGCCUGGAUGUGACCGUCUUACAAAACGAUGUCGGUUUGGUGCGUACGCGAGAUGAAAUGAGACUCACUUCUAAUCCCAGCAUACUCUCUAGCUUGCGAUCAAACAAUGCGCUCGAUUUGCAUGACAAGGAAGUGAAGGUGCUCGGCUUCGGUCGCACGGAGAGGGCGGUGUUGGGCGAAGAGUUGUACUCGGUGGAGCUGCGCUUGGUGGGAUGUGAGCGGAACGAGUGGAUUUACUGCGUGUGCGGCGUCGCUAAAGUUGGAAUGCCGCGUGGCGUCUGUUCCGGGGACUCUGGCGGGCCCGUGUUGUAUAAAGGCGUGCCGGUGGGGGUCACAUCGAUGGGUCCAGUGCAAUGUGCACAGAACAGCGAAACACCACCAGCUGGUGCGACUAGCGUUUUCACGUCUCUGUACCAGUAUAUUGACGUCAUCAACGAUACGAUCUCGGACACGGAGGCCAGCUUGACAAAGCGCGCGGCUGGUAUCAAGCGACACAGGGCUACGUAUGGGCAGUGCGGAUCGGACGAAUCUCUAGUGAUGAUCGUUAUCAUCGGCGCGGACGCACAAAUAAAGAACCAUAGCGGCGUGAAUCGUCACCGCACGACACCUACUAUCACACCCAAAAAGGCUGAGAACAGAUGGUUAGCAAGAACUACUAGAACGGAAGUUUUGCAAGCGACUUAG